UAUAAAGAUACUGUAUAGUAUAUAUAACUUUACGAAAACAAUUAUCCUUGAAAAGACAUUGAAAAGAUGAAUAUUUAACAUAACCUGCAAAAUAGACAAAAUGUGCUGUAGGAGAAAAGGCACGAAAAUGUGCUAGCACAAAUAUACUACAGUAUUGCAAAAGUAGAAUGGUCUUACAAAACGUUAGCAGUAAUUUAAUUAAAACUGUCAGCAAUGUAUGCAUUAGACAGAAUGAAUGGAGUAGCAACAAAUGUGUCCAAAGAUUGUACAUGGCUUUGCCACGGCUUACACCACAAGAGGUUACUGCAAUUCUACAAGCCAACGAAUAUACCAAAGAAUUCAAUGGAGAAAGUUCUAUAAAAUACUAUGAUUCAAAUCAACUGGCAUCUAAUAAUCCUAUAGAAGAUACACGAUCAGAGGCCCAAUGCUUACUUACAAAAGGAAUAUUGCUAGGUGUGUUCGACGGUCAUGGAGGUGUCACUUGUGCACAAAUUAUUUCUAAAAGACUUUUUCACUAUAUAUCGGCAUGCUUAUUACCUACAAAGUUAUUGAAACAAUAUCUCAGCACAGUGAACUCCAAUAAUAAAUUAGAACUUCUUCAAAUGUUCAACGAUAAAGUGGACUUUGUUUCUGAUAUUAGAGAUCUUCAUCAAGCAAGUUUCUUAACUUUUGUAAAGGAUUUAAUAGAAUCGGAAUGUACAAAAGAAUUUCAAAUGGAAACAGCGUUAGAAAACGCAUUUCUCCGAUUAGAUAAUGAUUUGUCGAACGAAGCACUUUUAAAUUUAGGUAAAAAUAGCACUGCCAGGACAGUGGCUGUUGCAAUGUCUGGUGCUGUAGCAGCUGUUGCACAUAUAGACGGUCCACAUCUUCACGUCGCAGGAGUAGGCGAUUGCCAAGCAGUACUCGGUGUACUUUCGGAAAAUGACGGUUGGUCUGCGAAGUUGAUGACCAUGGGACAUAACACUGACAAUCGUUUAGAAGUUGAGAGAAUUCUAUCGGAGCAUCCAGCGAAUGAAAAGUCAACAGUAAUUAAAAUGGAACGACUACUUGGGCAAUUGGCGCCUCUUCGUUCGCUAGGUGAUUUUCGUUACAAAUGGAGCAAAAAUACUUUAAAGGAAGUAGUGGUGCCGUAUUUCGGUGAAGCUGCAAUUCCACCGAAUUAUCGUACACCACCGUAUUUAACAGCAAAACCAGAAGUUAAAUAUCAUAGACUAACACCUAGAGAUAAAUUCCUUAUAAUAGCUAGCGACGGUUUGUGGGAUUUAAUGUCACCGUUACAGGCAGUACGUUUAGUAGGUGAGCAUAUGAGUGGAAAAGUAACGUUGAAUCCAUUAAGGCUACCUCGUAAAAAUAUGAAAUUGUCGGAAAUAAACAAAAUGUUGUUGCAACGUAAAGAGGGCUUGAAAAAGAAGCCUCUCGAUUGUAAUGCGGCAACACAUUUAUUGAGAAAUGCACUCGGCGGUACCGAAUAUGGUAUAGACCAUGCCAAAUUAUCACAAUUAUUAACGUUACCAAAAGAAGUAGUACGAAUAUUUCGUGAUGAUAUUACGAUAACUGUUGUUUAUAUGGACUCCGAAUUUUUAAGACACUGCCCUCCGUGAAUUCAUACAAGUUUCUUGUUACAUUUAUAAAACCAUCAACUGAUAUCGUUUCUAAACACUAUUGAGGAAAUUGAAGUUUCGUCUUG